CUCUUAUUUUGGAAGUUCACACCGGAUGUUAGCUUGGCAGCAGUUAGCUUAGUGUUAGCCGCAGUGUUUUUAUCCGGUCGAUGCAGAGCUGUCACUCUUUAGCUAACUAGCAUCGUUAGCAUCGUUAGCAGCUGUGUUGUCAUGUCAGCCGCUCGCCUCACAACAACACGGAGCUGUUAACAGAGCGGCUCUGCAUCCACAUCUGGAGGACACGCAUCUGGAGGACACGCAUCUGGAGGACACGCAUCUGGAGGACACACAUCUGGACUCCGCAGAACUGGGAGAUGAAAUGACAACGUCAACACUGCAGAAAGCGAUCGAUCUUGUGACCAAAGCCACAGAAGAAGACAAGGCAAAGAACUAUGACGAGGCGCUGCGCCUGUACCAGCACGCGGUGGAGUACUUCCUACACGCCAUCAAGUAUGAGGCCCACAGCGACAAGGCAAAGGAAAGCAUACGAGCGAAAUGCAUGCAGUACCUGGACCGGGCAGAGAAACUCAAAGACUACCUGAAGAAUAAAGACAAACAGGGCAAGAAGCCCGUCAAGGAGGCACAGAGCAAUGACAAGAGUGACAGUGACAGCGAGGGAGAAAACCCCGAGAAGAAGAAGCUGCAGGAGCAACUAAUGGGUGCUAUCGUGAUGGAGAAGCCCAACGUCAGGUGGAACGAUGUGGCUGGACUGGAGGGAGCCAAGGAAGCUCUGAAGGAAGCCGUCAUCCUGCCCAUCAAGUUCCCUCAUCUCUUCACAGGCAAACGGACUCCAUGGAGAGGCAUCCUGCUGUUCGGUCCUCCGGGGACGGGGAAGUCUUACCUGGCCAAGGCCGUGGCCACAGAGGCCAACAACUCCACCUUCUUCUCCGUCUCCUCCUCAGACCUCAUGUCCAAGUGGCUGGGAGAGAGUGAGAAGCUGGUGAAGAAUCUGUUUGACUUGGCUCGCCAACACAAACCCUCGAUCAUCUUCAUUGACGAGGUGGACUCGCUGUGCGGCUCCAGGAACGAGAACGAGAGCGAGGCUGCCCGCCGCAUAAAGACAGAGUUCUUGGUCCAGAUGCAGGGUGUGGGAAACAAUAACGACGGCAUCUUGGUGCUGGGAGCCACCAACAUCCCCUGGGUUUUAGACGCUGCCAUUCGCAGAAGAUUUGAGAAGCGAAUAUACAUCCCUCUGCCGGAGGAGCCAGCUCGGUCUCAGAUGUUUCGUCUCCAUCUGGGCAACACGCCGCGCAGCCUGAGCGAGGCCGACCUGCGGCAGCUCGCGCACAAAACAGACGGCUACUCUGGAGCCGACAUCAGCGUCAUUGUCCGGGACGCGCUCAUGCAGCCAGUCAGGAAGGUCCAGUCGGCCACGCACUUCAAAAAGGUUCGAGGUCCGUCACGAAGCAACAGCCAGAUAAUGGUGGACGACCUCUUGACUCCUUGUUCCCCUGGCGACCCUGCAGCCAUAGAGAUGACCUGGAUGGAGGUGCCGAGUGACAAGCUACUGGAGCCCAUAGUCUGCAUGUCGGACAUGCUGCGCUCUCUGUCCACCACCCGUCCCACCGUCAACACUGAAGACCUGUUUAAGGUCAAGAAGUUCACAGACGACUUUGGGAUGGAGGGCUGAGAGACGGAGCUCCUCCCACAUCACUGGAGUCCACCAGAAGGGUCAAACCGCUCCCAACAACCCCCCCACCCACCCA